CAACUGGCCAGAAGGACAAGUCAAUGGACUUUUCCGACGUGGGCGUUAAGCAUCUUGUCGACUUCACUAACCAAAUCACUAUCAAGCAUACAUUGGACAUUACCCCCGAGGCGACCAAGGUAGUGAAGAACGUCCGCAACGUCGCCCUGGUUCUAAUUGUCGCGUGGAGCAUUGUCUCAAUUGUGGACUCGCGACGGAGAAGUGCGCAUUGAAGUUAAAGCGAUCGUCCUACAUACCGUACACCUUACCUAAAGACCUCCACCGCAUCACACUUCGCGCAUCCAUAUCCAGCCCGCUUGCCCCAACCUCAACCAUUCUUCCGCCACGAUGUACAUAUCGCUACAGAGCCUACGGGCAGCAGCUGCAUACUCGGCCAUAGCACUAUCAGCAGUGCAAGCCCAGAACGUGCUCGACCAACUCAGCUUCGGCAACAAAGGAGGCCAACUAUCGCCCAAUGGCCGCGGAAUCCCAGGCUGGAGUGUGUCUGGCGAAGGCCACACGCCUAAUCUGAUGUCAGAUCGUGUCAUAUUAACACCGCCAUACCCUGGAAAUAUGCGAGGAGCACUGUGGUCCGACAACCCGACCCCUUACUCAGAAUGGACAGCAGAGUUCAAGUACCGUGCCUCGGGGCCAGAGCGCGGAGGAGGGAACUUGCAGAUUUGGUAUAGCAAGGAUGGGCAGCAGAGUGUGGGCAUGUCGAGUCUGUAUACGGCGCCGGCGUUUGAUGGGCUCGUGAUGGUGGUGGAUCAGUACAAGGGAAUGGGAGGCACUGUGCGAGGCUUCUUAAACGAUGGAACUGUGUCAUACAAGGACCACCACAGUGUUGACUCGCUGUCGUUUGGGCAAUGCAACUACCCCUACCGGAAUAUGGGGCGGUUCUCGACCAUCCAGUUGAAGCAAACCGCGGAUUACUUCCAGGUCACAAUAGACAAGAACCCAUGCUUCAGGACCGACAAGGUCAGACUCCCAGCAGGCUACUACUUCGGCGUGUCCGCCGCCUCAGCGGAGAACCCCGACUCCUUCGAAGCCAAAUCUUUCGAAGUCUCCGUCCCCAGCGGUGCUCAGCAGCAACAGGGCCGCACCGAGCCCCCUCCCCCACAAGAGCAAUAUCAACAAUAUCAACCGCCCCAGCAGCAACAGCAACAGCAGCAACAAAAUCAAGCUCCCCAAUCUGGCGAGAUCCCCCAACAACUCUCCGACCAGCUCGCCACCAACAUCAAGAACCAGCAAGACCAGUUCGCCGACCUACACAACCGUCUACAGAUCGUGAACCACCAAGUCAACAACAUCUUCCGGCUGCUCGAGAACCUCGCGAAGAACCAGGACAACUGGCACCAGGAGGUCGUGAACCGCGUUAUUCCCACGAACGACCGUGUGGAUGGGAUCAGCAGGAAUGUGGAGAAGAUUGAAAGAAUUGUGAUGGCGAUCCAGAGGGAUGUCGAGGGCAAGGAUUAUCAGCAGCAUUUGACGGAAUUGCAGAAUGCGAUUAAGGUUACCCAGACAAGUCUAACGGAGGGGUUGCCGUUGGCUAUGUCAAAUAUCGUUACUGGAGCAAAGCCAAGGAUGGGCCUGAUCAUUUGCGUGUUCGUGGCUGUUCAGAUUAUGAUUAUUGGGGCGUGGCAGGUCUAUAAGAAGCGGAGGAACAGUGCACCCAAGAAGUAUCUCUGAAUAGCUCGCUUGCGUUUCGAGAGAUUUAUCAAAAG